GAUCCUUUUUAAAUUUAAUUUAGGAAGUCUGUUUUCAAGCAGGUAGUCUAAUAAUUUAACUUAUGGCUGUCCUUCCCUUUGGAUUGUGGGAUGUUAGUGAAACAUUCAAUCAAGCUGUAGAUUUUGAACAGGAAGAAGAAGAACAAUAUGAAGUUGAAGAUGUGACCAAGAAAUGUCAGUUUACUGUGAUGCACAAAGAAUGUAACAUGUUACAUGGAAAGGUUAUGGUGGUUGCCAUAGGCAAAGCUGCUAACGCAUUUUUAGAAAUAUAUUAUAAUCUACCGUCAAAGCAUGUAGCAGAAGUUAUCGUAAAAUGUGGUGACGAUGCCAAAAAGUCCAAAAAUAAGGAUCCUUGUAUGUUGUACCAAUUGAGUGAAAAUUUGCUUUGCUUGAUGAAAACCUAUAUAAAAGCAGAAGAUUGUAGUUCUUGGGUUGAAACGGUUUUAUCUGCAGUAAAGGUUGAAAAACUAGUUAUUUUAUGCUCAUCUGCUAAAAGUUUCUACCAAGGAGACGAAGAAGCUAGAUUUUCUGAUCACGACAUUCUACGUCAUAUGAAGUCUUCUACCUUACAAUGCGAUACAUCAGUCUCGCCGUUGGAGGAAGGAAAUCUAGUUAAAGAUAUUCCAGCAGCUCUAUUCUCGUACUGCGAAGCUUUCAACCUACCUGCAAUUAUGUAUAUCAACUACACAGAAUCGCAUUUCAUUGAUGUGUUCUCCGUGAAAGCAUACAAGCCUGUACUUAGUGAUGCUCUUGUAAAGACAAUACCUCGCGCUUCAGACUCCACUAUUUUGGAAAGACUAAAAAGAUUUGAAGGCAUUGGGGUAGCAGAUAAUAACUUAUACAUAUAAGAAGAAACCGGAAAACAGUAGAUAAAAAACACCAUAGAAUACGGUCAUGCGUAGUUCUUCAGGUAAAACGAAGACAUGAACCGUAAGUUACCAGAAGAUCAAUUCAAAAUACAAACGGCUAGGCUAUUUUAACGUUAAACUUCAAUUUUUUAUAUAAUGUGAACGAUGAAAUUGUAAGUGAUAGUAACGGCAAUAGAAUGUUUAAGUGAAAAUAGAAGCAAAAAAAACUUAUAGAUA